AUGCACUUCGCCACACCCCUGCAGGCAUUCGCAUCCACGACGACGCCAUGCCUGGAGCCAGACCUGCCAAAAUUUGUGCUGUGUCUGCUUGUGGCCGUAUUCACAGGGAUCGCGUUCGAGAAGUGGCGCGCCCGCACCCGCGGCAAGGACGCUCAUGAUCUCUCACACGACUGGCCAGACGGCCACUCGAGCCCCAAGCCGAAGCCCCUCCGCCUCCAAGCAGCCUCGUCACCCGAUGUUCUAGCCAAGUAUGCGCCAGGCUCCCAGUCCCUCAUCGACGCUGAGUUUCCCAGCCUGCGGGAUGUGGUGUACGCCGACUAUGGCGGGUGCCCCCCCCUCUCCUCGGUGGCGCUGCAGCUCUCCACCCAGGCGCUGGCCGCCGAGCUGACGGGCAACCCCCACAGCGCCGGGUCCUGGGGUCCCGGGCAGCCGGACUGGGCGGACGCCCUGCGCCGCCGCACCCUGGAGGCGUGUGGCGUUGGCCCUGGGCAGUACACGUGCAUCCUGACCUCGGGGGCCACGGCCGCGCUGAAGCUGGUCGGGGAGACCUUCCCCUGGCACCAGGACAGCUCCCUGUUCUGCCACCUCACCGACAACCACAACAGCGUGCUGGGGGUGCGUGAGCUGGCGCGGGAAGGCGGCGCGCGGGUCGUGCCCGUGCGCCUUGAGCGCUCGGCCGGCGGACUCGGCGUGAGCCUGCCCGCCUGCCCAUCGGCCACAGCCGGCGCGGCGCCCAGGCCCGCCAGCCUCUUCGCCUUCCCCAUGGAGUCCAACUUCCACGGAGUCCGAUACGGGCUGGAGCUGGUGAAUGCGGUGCAGGCCUGCGCGGCCGACGGCGAGCACCCCGCCUGGAGGGUCCUGCUGGAUGCCGCCAAGGGCGCUGGGACGGGGCCCCCCGACCUCGCCGCUCAUCCCGCCGACUUUGUGGCCCUGUCCUACUACAAGCUGUUUGGGUACCCGACCGGUCUGGGCGCGCUGCUGGUCAGGAACGACGUCUUGCCUCUCCUACGCAAGACCUACUUUGGGGGAGGGGCCGUGGGGGCCAGCGCUCACGAUGCGCCCUUCCACAGUCUGCGGCCCGGCGCCGCCGGGUUCGAGGACGGGACGCUCCCCUUCCUUGCCUUCCAGCCGGCGCUGGCCGGCUUCGACGCCAUCGAACGCAUGGGGGGCUGGCGUAGCGUGGGGGUCCACGCCGGCGCCCUGGCGCGCGCCCUGGCGACCAGGCUGGCCGCCCUGCGCCACGCCUCUGGCCGCCCGGCCUGCCUCCUGCACGGCUGCUGGCCCGGCGGCUCGCUGCUGGCACUGGCGGGCGACCAUGCACCCGAGGCCCCGACACGGGACGCCGCCCAAACCCCGACGACCGCCGACACCGCGCUGCCCGUGCGUACCAGCCAGGGCCCCACCGUGACCUUCAGCAUGCUGCGGGGCGACGGGGGCCACAUGGGGUACCGUGAGGUGGAGCGCUUGGCCUCGCUGCGCGGCAUCCGGCUGCGCACUGGGUGCAUGUGCAACCCGGGCGCCUGCGCCCAGGCCCUCGGGCUCACCAGCCGUGAGAUGCGGGCCAAUCACGCGGAGGGGCACGUGUGCUGGGACGACCGCGACCUCAUGCACGGCAAGCCAACGGGGGCGGUGCGGGCGUCGCUGGGCUAUGCCUCGCGUACUUCGGACGUGGACCGCAUCGUGCACUUCCUGGAGGAAUUCUUCGUGGAAAAGGCUGAGGCGCCAGAGUCCCUGCGGCCCGCGCCCGCGGUGCCCCCAUCCUCGGCCCUCGUCGUGACGGCGUUGACACUGUACCCCGUCAAGUCCUGCCGGGGCAUCCCUGCCACCGAGUGGCCGCUGGGACCCUCCGGCCUGCUGCACGAUCGAAGCUGGGUCGUCGUGGAUGGCACUGGCAAGCCCCUGUCCCCCAAGCGUUGCCCCGGCCUCCUCUCCAUCCAGCCGCGACUUGAGUGGAGGCGGGGGGUGCUGGUCCUGGAGUGGGUGGGAGGGGCGGCUCAGGUGCCCGGCCAGGCCAGGCUCUCGCCGGAGAUGCCCCUCGGGUCUGGCGCUGCAGGCGCGGGUUCCCGUCCUGAAGCCGCUGGGCCCCAGGCGCGCAGCGAAACCCUCACCGCCUGGCUCAGCGCCGCCCUGCAACAGCCGGCACGGCUGGAGGCGAGCGUCGCAAGGCGCCGACCCGCCUCGAAGCUGCAGAGUUGUGUCCCUGAGGAGGGGCCAAGGGUCGCAGCUGGAGAGAAGGCAGCCAGCUCAGAGACCGAGGGCGCCACCCUUGGGGGUCCGGGAGGCGCACACAGCAUCAUCGCUCUUGGCCCGCCUUCCCUGCACAGCAGCGUCACUCCCAACACAUUACCUGCUGACGUCAGGCAGGGCAUGGCCGCCCUGCCAACUCGCUUCGCCACCAGCGGGGACCUCCUCCUGGUCACGCGGGCCAGCCUGGAGCUCCUGAGCGAGCACGCUCCCGCUUCCGCCCAAACAUCGUGGUCGACGGACCGGCGGGGGGGGUGGCCCUUCGCAGAGGACAGCUGGACCGAGAUCAGGGCGGGGGAGUUGGGUCUGCGGGUCGCAGGCGCCUGCCCACGCUGCGACCGCAUCUGUGUGGACCCCGGGGAUGGCAGGUGGGUGGGGCCGGAACCCCUGCUCAGCCUUGCAAAGCUGCGUCGCCGCAGGGGCAAGGUCUGCUUUGGCAUCCUUUUGGAUGUGCAGCAGCCCUUGCUGCCAGUCGAUGCCCCCGCCAACACCCCUGCUCUGCCGCUGCUGCGUGUCGGCAUGGCGCUGGAGUGCCUGGUGUAA